AUGGAGGUCGCUGGAGUUGUCCUGGGUGCUAUACCGAUAUGCGCUUUGGCCCUGGAAGGCUGGGAGGCCACGGAACCACGGGUGAAGUCCUUUUGGAGAGCUCGUAUCGCAAUCUCAAGAUAUGCUCGCGACCUGAGGGCUCAUCGCGAUAAUCUUGAAAUCACCGUCAAGACAUUGCUGCAUGGAUGCAUGCCUUCUCAAGAGAUUGAGUCAUCAUUUGAGGAUGUGCUUGGAAGGGAUUGGACUCAUCCCGUUCAAGUCGCACUUGCUACAAGCCUCCGGGCAAAACACGGCGACAACUUCACACUCUUCCAAUCCGGUAUGCAAGAUAUCUGCGAAGACGUCAGGCAAAUCAUGGUGCUUAUGGGACUCAUUCCCGACAAUUCGAUGCUGCUUGGGCAUCAAUUAAAUGCUAUUCUUGCAACAAAAAGCCACUCUACUCAUGGUUCAGUGACUUUGAACACACGCUUUCGCUUGCUGCUCAAAGACAAAGCCAUCAAGACUGCGUUUCUUUCGCUGGCAUCCAAUAUUGAUGGCCUGAUCAGUCGGCUACGGAACAACGAAAUCUGGCAACAGCAUAGGAGGCACGAUCAGGCAAUAUCAAUAUCAGCUGAUGUGCAACGCCGCAGGAGCCACCUUCAGGCUUUAGGCAACACCCUCAAAGCUACCACACAAAGUGCUCAGCCACCGCGCACUCUCGAUUUUGCGAUUGUGCUAGAUGAGCCCAGCAAAGACAACAAUGACACAUCGGAAGCGAUGCGCUAUUUCGCGGCCUACCAUGAUCGUAUGUGCUGGAGGAGAACUAUCAUCCACGCAUCUGACAUGACUGCUGCACACCGUUUGGACCAGAGUCAUCCGCCCAAACUCACGGUAAUUUCAGAUCUCUGGUCUCACCUUCAAGGAAACCCCCUCGAAUGCUUGGAGCUACAUUUGGACCUUCGAGGACCCCAAGAGCUUACUGGCUGCUAUCGAACGCCAUACAGAGCGCAAUAUGGCCACUCUACAAGCUCGCUCCGUAUGUUACCAGCACGUAGUCUGCUUGGAAAACAUAUAUCUCGUGCUCGACGUCUGAACAUGGCGGCUACCAUAACGUCGUGGAUAGAACUUCUCUAUGGAACGCCAAUGAUGCCAGAAGCCUGGGAUCCAGAUGAUAUCAAAUGCAUGGAAUUCGGUUCAAACAGCGGGCCAGCUUCAACAGACUCUCUGUGCCUCCGCACCAAAUUCGAAGAAAUACUCACAACUUCUGCAGUACCACCGAACCAAUCAAUCGGCACCGCUUUACUCAUGCUUGGAAUAGUUCUCAUCGAGCUGUGGUCCAACAAGCCCUGCAUAGCCUUACAGAACGCCACGCCACGCUCCUUCGAAAAUCUGGGGAGGAUCCUGAACGACAUGAUGGCUACAGAAGGCAACGAUCUACCGAUCAAGUACUCCAGAGCUGUGAGCGACUGCUGGAGACUCGCCCAUACGCCAGAUGCCUGCGAACGAGAAAUCCGAGGAUUGGUGGAGUCUGUGGCUCAGACUGCUGCUGUCUUCUAA